GUUGCCAUAGACAGUGUUGUUGCUAGCCGCGUGCCGUGCAGCGAUGUCGGUGCUGCUCUGCUUCGCGGCGGGAGCGCUCUGCCUUUACCUAAUAUUGUAUUACAGUGUGUUCAAAGCAGCAAGGUACUGCAGCUCAGUGAAGCUGAGGGGGAAGACGGCCAUUGUUACAGGAUCCAACACUGGCAUUGGCAAGUCCACAGCUCUGGACCUGGCAAAGAGAGGAGCAAGGGUGAUAAUCGCCUGUCGCAACAAGGACAAAGCUGAGGCUGCUGCCUUCGACAUCCGUACAGAGAGUGGGAACAAUCAGGUGGUGUUCAUGAAGUUGGAUCUGGGGAGUCUCGAGUCUGUUCGCAGCUUUGUUAAAACCUUCCUGGAGACGGAACCCCGACUGGACAUCCUCAUCAACAACUCAGGUGUGGUGGGCCACGGACAUACAGAUGAUGGUUUUGACUUGGCGUUUGGGGUCAACCACCUGGGUCACUUCCUGCUCACCAACCUUCUCCUGGAGCGCCUCCAGAAGUGCGGUCCUAGUCGUGUGGUCACCGUGGCGUCCAUUGGGCACCAUCUAGGCAAAGCUCACUUUCCCCUGAUGACCUCUAAGAAAGACUUGGUGUCUGGUCAGUCUACCUGGCGCAACCUCCAAGCCUACUGCGACAGCAAGCUGUGUAAUGUGCUCUUCACGAGGGAGCUGGCCAACAGGCUCGAGGGCACCAGUGUCUCCUGCUUCUGCCUCCACCCAGGAUAUAUCAACACAGAGCUGAGUCGAAGCAUUAGCCUAUGGCAGCAGCUCCUCCUGAUUCCCUUUGCCAAGCUCUUCUUCCAGGAUCCUGAAGGGGGGGCCCAGACCACCCUGCAUUGUGCCCUGCAAGAGGGCAUUGAGCCUUUUAGCGGACGCUACUUCUCUAACUGUGCGCUGCAACAAGUGGGAGCCAAAGGACGGGAUGAUGCCCUGGCAAAGAAGCUGUGGGAAGUGAGUGAGAGGUUAACCAGUUUAUAAUGACGGACCAAAUCCUGAUCCAGCAUGUUCGCACGGUGCCUUAUCAGCCACUUUAAGGGCUGGUUUCUUACUGUCUAUUUUUUUUUUUAUAUUAUCUGCAUAACCUACACUUGUGCCUAUUGUUAUCCACAAAGAGAUGUCAUGACGGCUGUAAGGUUACUCUGGCCAGGAUGAAGAAGAAAACAGCUUUUAAUAAAUCUUCAAAACAAAUAAAAAGGUGCUGGUAGCUUGCUUUA